CUGGUCAUGUAGCACAAAUUGGCCCAUACAUCGCAUCUCUACUGUAGAAGCCUUGGAAAUAUGCAAGCUCCCGCGAAGCACGAGAGGCGGUGUCGAUGAGAUGGCGACUUCUUUCCGGGGCAGGUAGCACAGGUCCUGGAAGACGCCCAUCAAGUUGGCUUUCCUCUCUCCUUUUUCAAAUUACUGUUCUCGCGUUUUUCUGUACUUUCUACUUCUUUUGCUGCUUGGCAGAAUCUAUUUUACGCCACUACAAUCUGCGAGUCUUCUUUGACAUUCAGAAUCUCCGCCAAAUGGCAGAAUUAGGACUCAUCGCAAGCGGCAUGGGCAUAGCCUCACUCGGAAUCCAAAUAGGAAGCGGAAUCAUCAAACUAAAACAGCUCUGGGACGACGUAAACGACGCACCUGAAGACAUAAAAUAUCUCCUCGAAGAAAUCGAGACAUUGAGCGACCUAUUAUCGAGCACCGACGAAAAUGACAACUUGCCUCGAUCUGCGAAGUGAAGCUUGGACUUGUGCUUGAGAGGUGCACAUCUGUUGGCUGAAGUACUGAGAGAUUUGGAGAUGAAGGUUGGCAAGAG